AUGGUUUCCGCAGAAAAAUUGGCAGCCAAAAAAGGCGUCUCAAAGAAGAAGUUGAAGAAUGCGAAGAAAGCCGAACUUAGGAGGGCGAAGCAGACCCGGACUGGCAAAGAACUUGCUCUCGCCAAAGAGGAAUUUAAACGUGACAAAAAGGCCCAGAAACUUGCACGACGUCCCGCUGUGCAAGAACAGAGACGACAGCGGCUACUGAAGCGAUCCAAGCAACUGGAGAUUAAGGGAAACAAGCUCCUGCUUGAGGCUAAAAGGGUGGCCGAGCAAUACAAGUUGAUGACAGAAGCCAAGGAGUCGGCCGACGCCCAAAAGACCCAUGAUGACGAAGCCUCCCCAUCCGAGGAAGGAGAUGACGCAAAGCUCUCCACUUCGUCCUCGUCUUCCUCGGACUCGGAUGGUGGUGCGUCGAUCGAACCGGUCGCCCCUGGCUCCUUUAUCAUUGAUACGAAAAAGCGCCGACGAGAGAGUGAUGCUCCUGCCAGUAAGAAACAGGGCGUUUCUGUAGAUGAAGGAUCCAAAUCGAAGAAGAGCAAAAUUGCUCCGACUGAGACAAGCUCGGACUCGGACGAACCCAGCAAAUCAGAGUCAAAGUCGGAAUCAGAGCCAGAAGUAGUUGAAAAGGUGGAGGAGGAGGGAGAAGAUAGGAGGGAGAAGAGCCAAUAUCAGAGAAAGAUAAUCCAAGAUAGGAAGAGGAAGAAGGAGAAGAAAGAAGAGAAGAAGAAGGAGAAGGAAGAGAAGCAAGCAAAGAAAAAGGAGAUGAAGGUCAAGAAGGAGGACAAGUACAAGAAGGCAAAGGAGGAGAGACAAGCAAAGAGAGAGAUGAACCCCGAUGAGACGAAUGGAACAAAAACCAAGACCAAAAAGGAGAAGAAAUCCAAACAAAACAAGGAACCAGAGACUGCCGAGGCGAAUGUUGCUGAACAAUGGAACGUCGGUGGCCUUGAAGGGGGAGCCUCCCGCCAAAGCAAAUUCAUGAGGCUUCUGGGGGGGAACAAGAGCGGAGACGCGUUGGCGAACACGACCAACACCAAGUCGGACUCGAUCAAGGCAGAGGCUGAUAUUCAACGCCAGUUUGAAGAGGGUAUGAAGGCCAAGUUUGACGGUGCCAGCCAACGACGCGGGCUUGGGGCGUAA